AUGAAACGUAGUAUAUCUGAAGAAAAAAAGUGGUGGCAUCCAAACAAAUUACCACCAAUUGGUUACCAAUCCAAUAUUCUUCAUGAUCAUGAUAGGAAAUCAUUUUAUCCAUUCAAUAGUGAAUUGGGUUAUAGAAUUUUUAAAAGAAUAAUAGAAAUGAAGCGAACAAGUAUGAAACAGGAAAACGAUCAAGAAAAUCCAUAUCAUUCAAAAUAUGUUAAUCAAAUGAAUAAUGAUGAACAUUUUCUUUUAAAGCAUGGUGUUUGUUCACAAAAACCUAACUCAAAACUACAACCAGUCAGUCGGGAAACACUGCUUAAAUACCACUGUGAGUCACUAUCUAAAUGCAUCAUGACUUGUAACCGUGACGUUUUGAGAAAAUUAGAUGUGCUAUGGUUAGAUAUUCUAACUGAUUGCAUGCGCUAUAUUACCAGUUGAACUGGUAAGCUAUUCGACAAAUUUACACAUUGAUCAAAGAUCAGUAAUCAAACGAACCAUUCACCUCAGAGAACGAAACUUCACCAACAGCGGCUGACCAUUCUCAGUUCAUAGAAUCAUCAAAGGAUUCCGUACACAUAAUUUUAUACCCAGUGAAUAUGCCAGUAGGUUGUCGGACUCAGUAAAUUGAUAUAAAAUUUUUUUGUCUUUGAAGUGAUAUGUAUUAGAUUCGAGUUUCAAGAUUAACAUCAACGUUGGGAUGUGAGUGCAUUCAGCCGAUAGGUUCCGAAAAUGAAGCAAACACAUCCUGGAUUCCACUACUGGUUAUAUUAAGAGCCAAAUAAAGCCUACAAAUAUUUGGGCACUCAAAUACCGAAUACUGGCAAAGUAGAAGACUAAGUAACAGGGAUUAUGAUUUCCGAAUCGCUUUACUCCAACUUUAAGGUUCAUGGUGGUUAGAAUCAAAGAACUAUCUGGUUAAGUGUUCAUUUAGGUAGUUACAAUUCUUGUUCUUUCGAACCACUAAUCCUAGAUCUUAAUCCAGUUCACAACACUGGCCAUUUGUUAGACUUUUAUUUGAUAAGUUACUGGUUUACAUCACCUGCAUUACAACUAUUGUAUGAAUUCUAAUCAAUAGGUUUGCACCCACCAAUAUGAUUAACACCACAAUUUACUGAUUAAAUGUACAGAAAUUGCGUUAAGGUCUUCUCAACCCUAUCGUUGGGCUCACCUUCUCCUAAAGUAAUCAGUUUUUCAUGUUUCUGUGGGCUGCGCCUUGGUAUAACUAAUACAUUCCUAAACUAUCACAAUCAAUGAAGAUUCGAUGCCAGAUCUAUCGCCUUGCUAUUUGUACUUAGUAGCCUUCUUAUAACUUAAUUCUUACCUAGUAUGAAUUGCUCGACAUCUACUCAAAUCGUGCAUUUCAUAAGUCAUAUUUAACAAUGUUAGAGUAAUAGUAACGGGGCUUCCAGUCUCGAUAAAAUAAUAUUUUCAAAUCACAUGGUGAUGUAUGUACUUAUGACGACAAAUAUAAAUAGUAUAUAACACCAAACAGUAAUGGAAGGUAUAACAGAAGAAAAUUGGAAAGAUCGAAUCAAAUAGAAUGAGAACAGAGAUUAAUUGUUAUGGGCUGACAGAAGUAGUUGAAUUGUUUGUAAACGGUGGAGACACAAGAGAGUAAUGUUGGUUUUAUUCGAUUCUCUUCAGGUAGUCUCAUUUAUUAAUUUAAUGCAUAACUGGAUAUACUACUUUUUAUAUUCUUGAUAAGUAUGAUACUAGUCAACAUUGAAGUGAACUUUUGUUAAUCUUAUCUUUAUUGAUUUGCAAUAUUGUGCUAUCAUCAUUUGAAAUAAUUAAAUUCAACUAGUCACUGUUUGUCAACAGUAUUCCGUUGAAAUAUUCAGACUAUCUGUAAAGAUCUCUCACUGAACUAUUACUCACUUUCUGUGUGCACCAUAAUUGGUAUACAUUUUGUGUAAUAAUCAGUUUCAUAAGGGUAUAUGUAGUAGGAAUUGAUCAUUUUAAAUCAAGAUAUAGUAGAUAGGAGUUUUAUUUUCGUUUAAAAUCUAUUAAAAUCAAUGAACCCUUGAAUAAAUAUAAGACUGAACCGAUGAUAUUUACGUCUCAUAUAUCCACUGGCAAUUGGAUCCAUGAUAGUGACCACAGUUCUGGUGAGAUGCCUUGACCCUUAGUGUUUUGUCUUAGGGCAACAUUUGAUCACGACCAGUUAGUAUCUGUUGAUUUAUUUACAAAAUUUAUCUAAAUCUACUUAAUCAUUAUUAUUGCGAAUCAAUAACUUGGCUUUAAUCAUUUGUUGUAUUCUACUAAAAUACCACAAAUGAUUAUCCAUUCCAUAUUAGUUGUUAAGUAGUUCUUCAACUGCGCUCUGAUUCAUAAUUUUACAAAACAAGUUUUUAUCAGUAUAAUAAUUUGUGUAAAUUAUAGUAUUUUCAACAUUGAAUUCACGAGCCGAUCGAAGUGGGAUCGAAUCUGUGUGGAAUAUGAGACAUUUAUCCACCUCAAACAAUGGGUGAAGGGUUAUGAAAUACCGUGGAUUGAUUUAAGUUAGACGUUAACACAAUUGGAUUCCGACAUAAUAAUCUAGAGGUUGUAAGUUAGCAUGCGGAUCCACACUUCUGAGGAGUCGCUUACUUGGACGUAAGAACCGUCUAAUACUUGCAGGUUUUCACUGUUGGUCUAGCUUAGUUCGA